AUGUCGCAUCUCGAUGCUUCCAAGCUAUUUUCGCUCAAUGGCCUUGUGGCUGUAGUCACUGGCGGCGGAAGUGGUCUGGGACGUACAAUGGCCCUCGCACUCGCGCAAAACGGGGCAUCAAAAGUAUUCAUCAUUGGCCGUCGAGCCGACGCUUUGAACGAAACAGCAUCCCUCUCUCCUCGACUGGGAGUCAUUAUCCCGGUCAUAGGAGACAUCGGAUCUAAAGAAUCCCUAGAGAACGCAUACAAAACCGUUUCUUCUCAAACCGAGUACAUUGACCUCCUCAUCGCGAACAGCGGCAUAAUCGGUCCGGCAAACGCACGCAAUGUAACGGAGGAUGGCGAAACCGUUCCGUUGGAGAAAUACAGAGAGAGUCUCUGGUCAAUUGAUCCGAAAGAAAUGACUCACACCUUCCACGUCAAUGCAACCGGUGCCCAUUUCACGGUCGUCGCUUUCCUACCGCUUUUAGACGCAGCAAACAAGCGUCGUCCACCCCAAGUGCCCAAUAGCGGUAUCUUGAGUCCUCCCCGACCUCAGAUUAUCAUCACUUCCUCUAUUGCGGGAUUCAUGCGCGAAAUCGUUUCGGGGUUUGCCUAUCAAGCUUCCAAGGCAGCCGUGAAUUCACUUAUCAAAAUGUGGUCGAAUAAUCUACUCAAUUAUCAAAUUCGUGUCAACGGUAUCGCGCCGGGAAUCUAUCCAAGUGAGAUGACUACUGGCAGGCUUCGGGAAUUUGGGACUCAGCAUGGUGUUACGGAAGGUGAUGCGCCAAAGACUGCUGUUCCAUUGACGAGGCUUGGAUCAGAGCAGGAUAUUGCUGGGCUUGUUUUGUUUAUGGCUGGUGCUAGUGGUGGGUAUCUUAACGGGACUAUUGUCAUCUCGGAUGGUGGCAGAUUGGCCUCGAAACCUUCCAGUUACUAA